ACUCCUAGUGUGAGUAAUCUGGUACUGUGAUGAGAUGUUGGCACAGUACUUAUAUCUUACAAGUCAUCUAGUACCCAAGCUGUAACAGGCUGAUGAAACCUGAGUCUACAGGGAAUGUACUAGAUAUACUAUAAAGUCAGGAGACUGUGGACAGUGGCUAUAGAACAGUAGAUACUAGGAGAGGCGAGCUCCAUCAAUAUUCUGUCAUGUGCUUGGAGCUACCACAGGGGGUUACUUUUACAUGCUUAUAAUUAAGCAAGUAUUGGAAGUGGUCUAAUCAAUCGAAGGGUUAACCCUUGCUAUGUCAACCAAUCAGCUGGUGGAUCAUUAGGUUUUAUUUGAAUGAACUAGGCACCAGGACCAGGAAUUUUUGUGAAUGAGGGACAGUUGAGAGCCGCAAGAUAAACAGGAGAUUUAUUCGGAGGCUUUGUUAUCUGGAAUCCAAUUUGAAUUCAAAACAUGAGGCACUAGCUAUGAUGGGAGUCCACUUAGAAGAAUCGACCUCCCCCAUUUCAAAACAAAUCAGCACUGAUUUGAGUGACUUUGUUCGAAACUUAACAAAUCCCAAGCAGGAUUUGAGUGAGCACACUGAGGACUUUGCCGAAAAACUCGCAAAUCCUGGGAACAAAAUGAGACUUAAGUCGGCUGACUUAUCGAGUCAAUUGAAAGAAAAAUGUGCAAUCAGUGAAAAGCAGGAUGUAAGGGACGUGAAACAGAACUGGAGACAGCGAAUGAUGGAGCGCAGGAUUAAUCGUACAAAGGCUCAAGACUGUACCAGUCCAAUGGACUCCUUCGGGUCCACGGACUGUGAGAAAUCCUUCGACAGUGUCUCCUCUUCCUCAGGAAACAAGCUGUCAUUUCAGUGUGACUCGUCGACAGAGGCCUCGGAGUCCGAAUUACAUGCAACACCGGCCUCAACUCACAGUGAGCAAAAGGCCACAAAGAAAGAAAAAGAUUCCAAGAAGAGGCGAUUCCGUCGCAUGAUCACUCGGCCUUUAAGGCGCAGUCAGAGUGCAGGCUGGGAAAAAGACAUUCCAACACACUUCAUGGAAAAAAGCACUGAUGAUGAAGAUACUUUGGAGAGCCGAGCCUCAGAACUUGCGGUCUUUAGCCAACGUCUGAUAGGACACAAUGGAGACUGCGAGGACAGCUCAGCCAGGAAGCCUGUCUAUAAGACCUGCUCAGCAGACGCCACGCUGAUGGGAACUGACGAGAAUAAUCCACAGUCUCGGCUUAAAAAGCCCAGUAAUUUAGCAAAGAAUAUGAAAAAGAAAUUCCAGUUUCUUCGACGAAGAAACACAGAUACUGCGAUCGGAGGCGAGUGUCACAGUUCUUCGGUGUUCAGGCGACCCACACCAGAUCAAGUCCAGAAAUGGAGCAGGUCUUUCGACAGUCUCCUUAAUGAUAAAGGUGGUAUAGAGUUAUUCAGGGGAUUUUUACGAUCAGAGUUCAGCGAGGAGAAUCUAGAGUUCUGGAUUGCGUGUCAGGAAUACAAACAGUGUGAGGACUCUCAAAUGCUUCCCUCACAAAGCCAAAAGAUAUACGGCGACUUUGUAGCUGUGCAAGCUCCGAAAGAGAUCAAUUUGGAUUCUAAAACACGAAUGAUAACUGUGACUAACUUGGAGCACCCUACAAGACACGCAUUUGAAGAUGCACAGAAAAAAAUUCAAGCUUUAAUGGAAAAAGACUCUUACCCCCGAUUCCUUGAAUCAGACCUUUACCUUCAGUUACUGAACAAUACGCCAUCAAGUUCUAAAGCCUAAUGAGGAUAAAUAUGAUGGAUAGAAAAGGAAUCAACUGUUGCUUUGUUGUAAAUACAGAUUGUGAUCUCAGACUCAAGUUGGCUUUCAGGCAUGUAAAUAGACAAACCUUUUUUUUCAUAAUUAUCUCUGUAUUUUGUAUGUUCGCUCAUGACUGUUCUAUUUUUUAAUGAAAAAAUGGAAUACUGUUGUUUUUUAUUUUUAAAGUUCAUUGUUAUAUUGCAUUUUAUUGUUUCUUGAUGAAUUACAUCAUUUCCAAAUCUAAAAAAGAAGAUUUGGAAAAAUUCUUAUUACGUGUUCUUUUGUACAUACAUUUACAUGUAUUGGAUUUCUAAAAUUACAAUGGAUAUUUUUCAUCUAAAAGUGUCAGUGAAUUAUAAUAUCUUCAGCCAAAAUCAACAAUUUAUUUCUUAAAAAGACAAUACAGAAAUUUCUUUUCAUCAAUGAAAAUACUCCCUCUUGAUGAAGUUAUUGUAUUACAAUUAUUUCCACAAAAUCCAUUUUUUGUGGUUUUGUAGUAUGUAUCAAAGAAUUAAAAAUACUACAGGAACACAAAAAUAUAACUCUUAAGAAACCACAGGAUCAAUAAAUAGGACUAAAUAAGGUAACAGAGUUAAUUUGAAUAUGUCCGUACAAGAUAACAGUAUAAAGAUAUACAAUAUCAAACGUUUUUAAAAAAUGUUCUAAUUAGAACAUUUUUUUUCUUACAAAACAAUGAAAUGUGUCUGUAUAGCCCUGCACCCUCCCUCCCAACACAAUCUAUCCAAACAAGGAGAGGUACCUCAUAUAGAUGAUUUUUUUCCCCAAUUUGAUUGGAGCUGUAGAAAUAUAUAAAUUGAUACUUAUCCCUUUUUUAAGAAAAGCCUGACAAUCUCACAUUGAUUAACUUUUUAUAAAUUGUAUAAGACAGCAGGUGUCCUAUAUUCUAUCGAACAUAUUGUUAAUCAAUUCCAUCCUGUUAUGAAUUAAUCAAGAGUAGAGUCAAGUCCUUUGUAUGGUCUGUAAGUUUCUGGCACAGUAGAGUGGGCAGUUUUUGGGAUGACAGUUGAAUGAGCUUCCUGGGUAACCAGCCCAGGCAAAGUGUCAGUCAUUAUUAUAUAGUCUGGAUUCCUCCCUAAGUCACACAGAUUAUCUGCAGUACAUGACAAGACAAUUAGCAGAGUAAAGGAAAAGAAGAUUUGUUCAAGAAAGCAACAAUCAACUUUGCCCUUUUGAGCAAAGAAAGGAUGUAUUUUCUGUUUGGUUCUCUUGUCCUCAACAGCCGCGUUGUUGUUUACAGUUAUUGAACUUAGAAUUUGUUUUGAAUCUGUCGUGUGAUAUUGGGUUGCUAUGAUGUACAAGCGACCACUUUGCAUUUGGUCAUCACUUCAUUGUUUUUGAGAUGUUUGUAUUCUUUACCACUGAAUAAUAUUGGUCAAUUUAAUUCUUAUCAACUUACUGUUACUAAGGUUUGUGUACAGAUCGUAAACAUUUCCAUUUAUGGGAAAUGUUAAUAUUUUGAUUAUAUCAUGUCUUUGCUACAGAGAUUUCUUCAUCUUUAUCCAUCUCUUAUUAUUGUUAAUUAUCCAAUCCUUCAUAACAAUCACGUGACAUCCGGCUGUUUACAAUCUUGUUCCAACCUUUGAAAUCCAGGUUUUUUUCCACUUCCCAUAUUAUGAAAAUGGUUUUUACUACAGAUUUUACUGUAAUAAAAUACACUAAAAUCAAUAA